AUGGCAAGAACUCAGCAUUUUCCAGUGCAAGCAAAAAUCCCAAUCUACUCGGUCGGCUUUCUACAGGAUGAUGUGAUUGUGUACUCGGGUGGUGGUGGUGCUGGUCGGUCUGGAGUCACCAACGCCGUCGUGGCUGCCCGCAUAGACCUUUCCGCACAAACCAUCCACAAACUCGACGAGCUCGGAUUGUCUAGAGACGAGGAUGCUCCAAUGGCCAUGUCAGUCAACCUUUCCAAGUCACAACUCGUCUGCGGCAUCAAUGAUACAGCGGAUAACAUCAGGAACGGCAACAACCAGCCUGUCCGCAUCUUCGACUACUCUUUGCAAGCUGUCGAGGCCAAUGGAGAGAUACGCACCACUUCUUCGGAAAAGGGCAAGGCCAAGGAAGAGACGACCGAGCAAGGCCCACAGGUCAAGUUGCACUUUGUCAGAGCCCUCUCUUCUCUCAACAUCCAAGACCCGGAGCAAUAUCUCAAAGUUGUCACCUUCAGUCCCAAUGGCCACAUGCUUGCCAUCGCCAGCACUGACGGUCAGGUUGCACUUCACCGAUACCCUUCUCUUACCCCCGUCUGGAAUGACGUAGGCGAACCUUCAUCCUCUGCUAUCACUGCUGCUGAAGCUAAAGACACCUCCGUCUCCAUCCCUUCCCAUGACUUUGACAAGAGCGAGAUCUACGAUGCCGACUUUUCUCACUCCAAUACCCACCUCGUUUUCACGUCUUCCUCCAAACUCGUCGUAUACUCGACAGAUCCUUUCUCAGAGUCCAGCUCCGAUCAGGUGAUAGCCGACGGAGACGCCGCCAACGCAUCAGCCGAGGGUUUCGCACAGACCAUCCAGACCAUUAAGAACCCCGCGCUUGGCGGUAAAGGUCCUUGCUCUUUCCGUGCUGCUCGAUUCGGUCGUGGCGAGGCAAGCAAAGAGAAGCUCUUCACCGUCGUCAACGCUGCUCCCGUAGGUGGCAAGGGCCCAAAAGCCAAGAUUCGCAAGAGCUUUGUGACCGCUUGGGACGCCGACACGUGGGAUCUCAUCGAAACUCGCCACGUCUCGGAUCGACCCGUCACCGUCUUUGACGUCUCUCCUGAUGGCAAGUUCCUCGCCUACGGCUCGUCCGAUCUCUCCAUCGGUGUCUUGGAUGCAAAGACCCUGCGUCCCGUGCUCAAGAUUCUUCAUGCCCACGACUUCCCACCCACAUGCCUCAAGUUCAACCCGGCUUCGAACCUGCUCGUAUCUGCGAGUGCAGAUAAUACCCUUCGCGUCAUCCCCAUCCCGGCAAAGGCGUUGUUAGAGUCAGCCUCGAGCGGUGGAGGUGCGCUGGCGUUCAUCUCGGAGACAAGGAUGGGCUUCUAUACCACCAUCAUUUUCUCGCUACUCAUCGCUGCAUUGGCGCUUUGGAUUCAGAGGAACUAUCUCAUCAAGUAG